AAUAAGAAAGUCACUUUAUUCAUACACAUGCAACUACUCUGUCCACCAUUUAAACACAUCUCAUAAAACUAUUUUCUUCCUUUCUCUCUGUUCUAUCUAAAUAGCAUUGAAACAUCGUCUUCCAAAAUGAAUAUCAUAGUCGAGCACAACCCUUCAACAAUAAAGUUAUCUGAGCUUGGAGUCAUGUCAUGGCCUAAAUGGUCUUGUCAGCCUGGGAAAUAUGCAUUGGUGUUUGAAGAAAGAGAGACGUGCUAUUUGGUGAAAGGAAAGGUGAAGGUGUAUCCAAAAGGGUCACCAUCAGAGUUUGUAGAGUUUGGUGCAGGAGACCUUGUGAUCAUCCCCAAGGGACUUAGCUGCACUUGGGACAUAUCUCUUUUCGUCGACAAGCACUAUAAGUUCGAUCCUCCUACUUCUAUAUUAUAAUUUUCUACUUGUGAUCAAGUUUUGGGUUAGUCUUUAACUCUUUUAUCACGAUGAAGACAAUGCUUAGAGAUAAUUUGUAAGGAAGAAUGAUAUAAUAACAAAAGAAAGUACAAAAUUCAAGAGCCUGUUCUA